CAGCGUCCAUGCGAAUCGUUAAAAGAAAGUCAGACGCACUGAAAUAUCUGAAUUGUACGCGUUACAUAGACCUGUGACUAAUCAACACCAAGAAUAUUGAUAAUAGGUAAAAAAAAAUCGGUUUUCGCGUCAUCCGAUAUCACCCUUUUUUAGAACCUGAUGCAAGCCGGUGAAAAAGGAAAUGUGAUGGUAUCAGCUUGAUGUAUGACUGUGUUUGCAAGCCAUGGAUAUCCCCUUCACCUUUUUCCCAUCCGUCUAUCAACACCACAGCAGUCUGCACACACACAGGGACUACUUCCUGGACUAUGGGAGUCACGUGAACAUGGACAUAGAAGCACACCAGCUUCUGACGGAGGGGAGACUUAAAACCAUCUGUCAGAAGUGUCACCCUGGCCAGGAGCAGAACCUACACUUGUCUGCCAUCUUCCCGACGCUGCCACUAGCACCACAUCCAGCUGCAGUGACCUUCCCAUUUCCUGAUGGAAUCGGGGAUCCUGUCCGAGACUGUCAAGAGAAAACACAUUUCUUUAUUGCCAAGAUCAGACACAAUCAAGGGCGUCUGCGCCUUAAUUCGAUGAGCCGAUUCCAUCAGAACAUAAUCCAAGUAGGACAUACUGUGUCCAUGCUUGGCCAGGCAGAUUGGCCCCCUGUUGACAAGAUUUGCAGCUCUGUGCCCCGGCUUGCUGUCAUGUGGAGAGACUACCAACACCUCAUCAAAUACAACAAGUACUUGCGGGUAAACUCGGCCUACACUGGGGGUUGCCUGUGCCUCCUGUCGCUGUCCGAUAGCACGUAUAUGCUGCACCCAUCAGGGGAACUCUUCAACAGGAUCAAUGUUACUGAGGUUUUGAAUGCUGGUUACCAAGGAUUCAAGUUGGAAAACACAGUCUUGUAUGAAGAACAAACCAGUUCCUCUGUGCUGGAAAUGAGAACUUCUUAUGUGAAUAACAUAGGUUUGUGCUGCAUGCGUGGAGAUACUGACUACAGUGUGUACCGUGUUGCUGAGGCAGGAACUAUUUCGGAGCCUAUUCUUUUGGAAAACAGGCAUAUGUUUGGGGAAACACCAACAUCUGUCUGUCUCAGCCCCUACAUCUGUGGUGAGAUUCUUGUUUCAACUGACACUGGCAGUGUUCACCUCUCUGUUCCUGGGUACAGUUUGCAGACCCUAGUAUCCAAGCAACUCCUCCGAUUCCAAUCCACAGACCAAUGGCGCCAGUGCCACUGGGGGGCACAUCCACGCCAAGUCAUAUUAGCAGACCGAACUAGUGUGCAGCUCUUUGACAGCAGGACCCAGUACAGUGAGGGGCUUGACCUGCUAGCUCAGCCCACCAAGCUGCUACAUCAACAGGAAAGAAUCAUGGUAACCCAGCCCCACCCACACUGUCCAUACUACCACUUCAUAGCAACAGACUUCUCUCUUCUGAUGAUGGACCAGCGUCUCCCCAACUACCCUGUGAUGGUGUGGCCUCACACACUACCUAGUGCCCCUCAGUAUCUAGCAGUGGCCAACACCACCUCCAGCGACUCACUAGUGCUGACAGCCAGUCAGUCCCCACCAGAGACUCACUGCUUCCAUGUUAAGUACGGUGACACCAAGCCAGUGCGCUCCCAGUACCAGCCAUGGAGGCUGUCUACCAUCAGUGCUGUGAUGACAAGAGAGUGUAAGAGAAGCCUGAUGGGGCAAGUGAUUCAACGAAGACUGGACACCUCACUAGCUGGAGUAGCAGUCAGUCACACUGGAAACAAUGUACACAUGUACCAGCUGACCAGCCAUGGGGAGGUGUUCUAUCAGGUGUACAGCAACACUGGAAACUCCUCAGAAAAAACCUGCAGAUCUACCCUCAGCACACAUGAGGUCAGUGCAGUAGUCAAGAAGGUCACUCGGAAGUGGCUUGCGGGUUUGCAAGACCAGCUGGACAGUGUGACAACCCAAGAGGAGCAGUACUAUACCUCUGACGUCUCCCAUUAUCUCCUCAAGGUAGCUGCAGUAAUCCCCCAUGUGCUGUGUCCCCUCUGUAUGCCAGCCACCUGCUCCUUGGUUUGCUACAGUGUGAGCAUGGACAGUAACAGCACCAAAAAGGGCAGCACCUGCAGCAGCUGUGGUCAUGACCUGGACACUGCUCACAGUAUAUUACAGCACUCAGGAAUGAGUGAUCUGUUACAGGAAGACAAUGUUAAAGAGGAUGUCUUCAAUGCCAGUGUUCCUCAGUUAGAGCAAAUGCCACAAGCCAGCAGCAACACACAGCUCCUCCUGAAGAUGUGGCAGGGACAAGAAGGCAUAGACGAAUGUGUCCAGAGGCGUGAGCAAGAAAGACAAGCACUGGAAAAAAAGCAACGAGAAACGAGAGCCGCCAUACAAAUUUCCUUGAGAACUAAGAAGAUGGAAACAAGCCUUGUGGAUCAAAUUCUGUCAACUAAUCAGCCGAAAAUACGAAGCGAGGAGUAUGAUGGGCUUGACGAUUUGUAUGGAUUGUCAGAAAUGGCCUCAGAGAUUGAAACGGAGAGUAGUGAGAACUUGGAUAUUGAGACUAGCAUGGAAAAUGUGAAAAUAUCCCAGGUAGGAACACAUAUUGGUGAGUCAAGGCUGAAAGGACAGCCAGUGGUUGGCCGUGAGGGACAUCUGGGACCUAACGGUCAGACUCCUGUGAUGUCAACACUCCCACAGACAGGCACAUCUCCACAAUCUGUCAAUGACAGAAGCAGUAGCUCUCAGCUCUCUCAUGUAACCUCUCUUCCUGGCUUCUCUUGCACCCCCUCCAGAUUCCGUCCAGCGGCCCAGGAUACGGGGCCAUCUACUCCCACUGCCACAACCCAUGUUACUUGUAACAUAGAUAAUACUGAUUAUGGUGAUAAUGAUGAUGAUGAAUUUUUCUCCCAAGAAAUACAACAAAGUCUGGUGAUGUUUAGCCCUAGCACCUCAUCUUCCCAUCUCGCCUCAGUUAGACAGACAAAUCCUCAUGCUCCCAGACCAGUGCAUGACACCAACAAAGUCCUCUCCAGAGCAAGAGAAGAUUCAGAUAGCCCUACACCAACCAAGAAAAAGAAGAAUGUGCCUGGAUUUUAAAUGCUUUUUCAUACACCAAGCAAGUGAAUUGAUCCACAAUGAUGAUUAACACUGAAACAUACUUGUUUACAACUGAUAAGCUUUCUUAACCAAUGUACGGUAUGUGCAUUCCAUUGAACAUGUUCUGUGUUGCAGAAGAUAAGGCCAUAAAUCAGUAAUAAACCAGCAACUAUCUCAAACUAUUGUAAGAACUGUGAGAGUUCGAGUUCUAUAUUCAAAUCCUUCCAAAUGUUGGUUUGUCAAAAAGACUUAGGAAUUGAAUUUGAAUCAUAAGUGACCUAAGACAGUGACUUCUUGAAAACAUCACACAGUCUCAAGUAUAUAUUUAUUUAACCUGUGCCUUGUCACUUAAUGUCUAUAAACAGGAAACAUUUUACUGCUGCUGAAUUGUUUAUAUUUCUUACAUCCUGUAAACCAUUUUCAUAAAUACUGCCAGAAUUCAGGAUGGCUCUAUCAAAGUCUUGCUGGACACACAUGGUGUCAGGCCGGUAAGUGGAGGUCUGGAGUCUGCAUAGUAGUCAUGCUGGACACACACAGAUUACAGGCCAGUUAUUGGAGGUCUGGAGUCUCCAUAGUAGUCUUGCUGGACACACACAUAUGACAGGCCAGUUAUUGGAGGUCUGGAGUCUCCAUAGUAGUCUUGCUGGACACACACAUAUGGCAGGCAAGUUAGUGGAGGUCUGGAUGUCUCCAUAGUAGUCUUGCUGGACACACACAGAUGACAGGCAAGUUAGUGGAGGUCUGGAUGUCUCCAUAGUAGUCUUGCUGGACACACACAGAUGACAGGCCAGUUAUUGGAGGUCUGGAGUCUCCAUAGUAGUCUUGCUGGACACACACAUAUGGCAGGCAAGUUAGUGGAGGUCUGGAUGUCUCCAUAGUAGUCUUGCUGGACACACACAGAUGACAGGCCAGUUAUUGGAGGUCUGGAGUCUCCAUAGUAGUCUUGCUGGACACACACAUAUGGCAGGCAAGUUACUGGAGGUCUGGAGUCUCCAUAGUAGUCUUGCUGGACACACACAUAUGGCAGGCAAGUUACUGGAGGUCUGGAGUCUCCAUAGUAGUCUUGCUGGACACACACAUAUAGCAGGCAAGUAAGUGGAGGUCUGGAGUCUCCAUAGUAGUCUUGCUGGACACACACAUAUGGCAGGCAAGUUACUGGAGGUCUGGAGUCUCCAUAGUAGUCUUGCUGGACACACACAUAUGGCAGGCAUGUUACUGGAGGUCUGGAGUCUCCAUAGUAGUCUUGCUGGACACACACAUAUGGCAGGCAAGUUAGUGGAGGUCUGGAUGUCUCCAUAGUAGUCUUGCUGGACACACACAGAUGACAGGCAAGUAAGUGGAGGUCUGGAUGUCUCCAUAGUAGUCUUGCUGGACACACACAUGGUGUCAGGCCGGUUAGUGGAGAUCUGGAUGUCUCCAUAGCAGUCUUGCUGGACACACACAGAUGACAGGCCAGUUACUGGAGGUCUGGAUGUCUCCAUAGUAGUCUUGCUGGACACACACAGAUGACAGGCCAGUUAGUGGACGUCUGGAUGUCUCCAUAGUAGUCUUGCUGGACACACACAUAUAGCAGGCAAGUAAGUGGAGGUCUGGAGUCUCUAUAGUAGUCUUGCUGGACACACACAUAUGGCAGGCAAGUUAGUGGAGGUCUGGAUGUCUCCAUAGUAGUCUUGCUGGACACACACAUAUGGCAGGCAAGUUACUGGAGGUCUGGAGUCUCCAUAGUAGUCUUGCUGGACACACACAUAUGGCAGGCAAGUUAGUGGAGGUCUGGAUGUCUUCAUAGUAGUCUUGCUGGACACACACAGAUGACAGGCAAGUUAGUGGAGGUCUGGAUGUCUCCAUAGUAGUCUUGCUGGACACACACAUGGUGUCAGGCCGGUUAGUGGAGGUCUGGAUGUCUCCAUAGCAGUCUUGCUGGACACACACAUGGUGUCAGGCCGGUUAGUGGAGGUCUGGAUGUCUCCAUAGCAGUCUUGCUGGACACACACAGAUGACAGGCCAGUUAGUGGACGUCUGGAUGUCUCCAUAGUAGUCUUGCUGGACACACACAUAUGGCAGGCAAGUAAGUGGAGGUCUGGAGUCUCCAUAGUAGUCUUGCUGGACACACACAUAUGGCAGGCAAGUUACUGGAGGUCUGGAGUCUCCAUAGUAGUCUUGCUGGACACACACAUAUGGCAGGCAUGUUACUGGAGGUCUGGAGUCUCCAUAGUAGUCUUGCUGGACACACACAUAUGGCAGGCAAGUUAGUGGAGGUCUGGAUGUCUCCAUAGUAGUCUUGCUGGACACACACAGAUGACAGGCAAGUUAGUGGAGGUCUGGAUGUCUCCAUAGUAGUCUUGCUGGACACACACAUGGUGUCAGGCCGGUUAGUGGAGAUCUGGAUGUCUCCAUAGCAGUCUUGCUGGACACACACAGAUGACAGGCCAGUUACUGGAGGUCUGGAUGUCUCCAUAGUAGUCUUGCUGGACACACACAGAUGACAGGCCAGUUAGUGGACGUCUGGAUGUCUCCAUAGUAGUCUUGCUGGACACACACAUAUAGCAUGCAAGUUACUGGAGGUCUGAAGUCUCCAUAGUAGUCUUGCUGGACACACACAUAUGGCAGGCAAGUAAGUGGAGGUCUGGAGUCUCUAUAGUAGUCUUGCUGGACACACACAUAUGGCAGGCAAGUUAGUGGAGGUCUGGAUGUCUCCAUAGUAGUCUUGCUGGACACACACAUAUGGCAGGCAAGUUACUGGAGGUCUGGAGUCUCCAUAGUAGUCUUGCUGGACACACACAUAUGGCAGGCAAGUUAGUGGAGGUCUGGAUGUCUUCAUAGUAGUCUUGCUGGACACACACAGAUGACAGGCAAGUUAGUGGAGGUCUGGAUGUCUCCAUAGUAGUCUUGCUGGACACACACAUGGUGUCAGGCCGGUUAGUGGAGGUCUGGAUGUCUCCAUAGCAGUCUUGCUGGACACACACAUGGUGUCAGGCCGGUUAGUGGAGGUCUGGAUGUCUCCAUAGCAGUCUUGCUGGACACACACAGAUGACAGGCCAGUUAGUGGACGUCUGGAUGUCUCCAUAGUAGUCUUGCUGGACACACACAUAUAGCAGGCAAGUUACUGGAGGUCUGGAGUCUCCAUAGUAGUCUUGCUGGACACACACAUAUGGCAGGCAAGUUAGUGGAGGUCUGGAUGUCUCCAUAGUAGUCUUGCUGGACACACACAUAUGGCAGGCAAGUUAGUGGAGGUCUGGAUGUCUCCAUAGUAGACUUGCUGGACACACACAUAUGGCAGGCAAGUUACUGGAGGUCUGGAGUCUCCAUAGUAGUCUUGCUGGACACACACAUAUAGCAGGCAAGUAAGUGGAGGUCUGGAGUCUCCAUAGUAGUCUUGCUGGACACACACAUAUGGCAGGCAAGUUAGUGGAGGUCUGGAUGUCUCCAUAGUAGUCUUGCUGGACACACACAUAUGGCAGGCAAGUUACUGGAGGUCUGGAGUCUCCAUAGUAGUCUUGCUGGACACACACAUAUGGCAGGCAAGUUACUGGAGGUCUGGAUGUCUCCAUAGUAGUCUUGCUGGACACACACAUAUGGCAGGCAAGUUAUUGGAGGUCUGGAUGUCUCCAUAGUAGUCUUGCUGGACACACACAGAUGACAGGCAAGUUAGUGGAGGUCUGGAUGUCUCCAUAGUAGUCUUGCUGGACACACACAGAUGACAGGCCAGUUAUUGGAGGUCUGGAGUCUCCAUAGUAGUCUUGCUGGACACACACAUAUGGCAGGCAAGUUAGUGGAGGUCUGGAUGUCUCCAUAGUAGUCUUGCUGGACACACACAGAUGACAGGCCAGUUAUUGGAGGUCUGGAGUCUCCAUAGUAGUCUUGCUGGACACACACAUAUGGCAGGCAAGUUACUGGAGGUCUGGAGUCUCCAUAGUAGUCUUGCUGGACACACACAUAUGGCAGGCAAGUUACUGGAGGUCUGGAGUCUCCAUAGUAGUCUUGCUGGACACACACAUAUAGCAGGCAAGUAAGUGGAGGUCUGGAGUCUCCAUAGUAGUCUUGCUGGACACACACAUAUGGCAGGCAAGUUACUGGAGGUCUGGAGUCUCCAUAGUAGUCUUGCUGGACACACACAUAUGGCAGGCAUGUUACUGGAGGUCUGGAGUCUCCAUAGUAGUCUUGCUGGACACACACAUAUGGCAGGCAAGUUAGUGGAGGUCUGGAUGUCUCCAUAGUAGUCUUGCUGGACACACACAGAUGACAGGCAAGUAAGUGGAGGUCUGGAUGUCUCCAUAGUAGUCUUGCUGGACACACACAUGGUGUCAGGCCGGUUAGUGGAGAUCUGGAUGUCUCCAUAGCAGUCUUGCUGGACACACACAGAUGACAGGCCAGUUACUGGAGGUCUGGAUGUCUCCAUAGUAGUCUUGCUGGACACACACAGAUGACAGGCCAGUUAGUGGACGUCUGGAUGUCUCCAUAGUAGUCUUGCUGGACACACACAUAUAGCAGGCAAGUAAGUGGAGGUCUGGAGUCUCUAUAGUAGUCUUGCUGGACACACACAUAUGGCAGGCAAGUUAGUGGAGGUCUGGAUGUCUCCAUAGUAGUCUUGCUGGACACACACAUAUGGCAGGCAAGUUACUGGAGGUCUGGAGUCUCCAUAGUAGUCUUGCUGGACACACACAUAUGGCAGGCAAGUUAGUGGAGGUCUGGAUGUCUUCAUAGUAGUCUUGCUGGACACACACAGAUGACAGGCAAGUUAGUGGAGGUCUGGAUGUCUCCAUAGUAGUCUUGCUGGACACACACAUGGUGUCAGGCCGGUUAGUGGAGGUCUGGAUGUCUCCAUAGCAGUCUUGCUGGACACACACAUGGUGUCAGGCCGGUUAGUGGAGGUCUGGAUGUCUCCAUAGCAGUCUUGCUGGACACACACAGAUGACAGGCCAGUUAGUGGACGUCUGGAUGUCUCCAUAGUAGUCUUGCUGGACACACACAUAUGGCAGGCAAGUAAGUGGAGGUCUGGAGUCUCCAUAGUAGUCUUGCUGGACACACACAUAUGGCAGGCAAGUUACUGGAGGUCUGGAGUCUCCAUAGUAGUCUUGCUGGACACACACAUAUGGCAGGCAUGUUACUGGAGGUCUGGAGUCUCCAUAGUAGUCUUGCUGGACACACACAUAUGGCAGGCAAGUUAGUGGAGGUCUGGAUGUCUCCAUAGUAGUCUUGCUGGACACACACAGAUGACAGGCAAGUUAGUGGAGGUCUGGAUGUCUCCAUAGUAGUCUUGCUGGACACACACAUGGUGUCAGGCCGGUUAGUGGAGAUCUGGAUGUCUCCAUAGCAGUCUUGCUGGACACACACAGAUGACAGGCCAGUUACUGGAGGUCUGGAUGUCUCCAUAGUAGUCUUGCUGGACACACACAGAUGACAGGCCAGUUAGUGGACGUCUGGAUGUCUCCAUAGUAGUCUUGCUGGACACACACAUAUAGCAUGCAAGUUACUGGAGGUCUGAAGUCUCCAUAGUAGUCUUGCUGGACACACACAUAUGGCAGGCAAGUAAGUGGAGGUCUGGAGUCUCUAUAGUAGUCUUGCUGGACACACACAUAUGGCAGGCAAGUUAGUGGAGGUCUGGAUGUCUCCAUAGUAGUCUUGCUGGACACACACAUAUGGCAGGCAAGUUACUGGAGGUCUGGAGUCUCCAUAGUAGUCUUGCUGGACACACACAUAUGGCAGGCAAGUUAGUGGAGGUCUGGAUGUCUUCAUAGUAGUCUUGCUGGACACACACAGAUGACAGGCAAGUUAGUGGAGGUCUGGAUGUCUCCAUAGUAGUCUUGCUGGACACACACAUGGUGUCAGGCCGGUUAGUGGAGGUCUGGAUGUCUCCAUAGCAGUCUUGCUGGACACACACAUGGUGUCAGGCCGGUUAGUGGAGGUCUGGAUGUCUCCAUAGCAGUCUUGCUGGACACACACAGAUGACAGGCCAGUUAGUGGACGUCUGGAUGUCUCCAUAGUAGUCUUGCUGGACACACACAUAUAGCAGGCAAGUUACUGGAGGUCUGGAGUCUCCAUAGUAGUCUUGCUGGACACACACAUAUGGCAGGCAAGUUAGUGGAGGUCUGGAUGUCUCCAUAGUAGUCUUGCUGGACACACACAUAUGGCAGGCAAGUUAGUGGAGGUCUGGAUGUCUCCAUAGUAGACUUGCUGGACACACACAUAUGGCAGGCAAGUUACUGGAGGUCUGGAGUCUCCAUAGUAGUCUUGCUGGACACACACAUAUAGCAGGCAAGUAAGUGGAGGUCUGGAGUCUCCAUAGUAGUCUUGCUGGACACACACAUAUGGCAGGCAAGUUAGUGGAGGUCUGGAUGUCUCCAUAGUAGUCUUGCUGGACACACACAUAUGGCAGGCAAGUUACUGGAGGUCUGGAGUCUCCAUAGUAGUCUUGCUGGACACACACAUAUGGCAGGCAAGUUACUGGAGGUCUGGAUGUCUCCAUAGUAGUCUUGCUGGACACACACAUAUGGCAGGCAAGUUAUUGGAGGUCUGGAUGUCUCCAUAGUAGUCUUGCUGGACACACACAUAUGGCAGGCAAGUUACUGGAGGUCUGGAGUCUCCAUAGUAGUCUUGCUGGACACACACAUAUAGCAGGCAAGUAAGUGGAGGUCUGGAGUCUCCAUAGUAGUCUUGCUGGACACACACAUAUGGCAGGCAAGUUAGUGGAGGUCUGGAUGUCUCCAUAGUAGUCUUGCUGGACACACACAUAUGGCAGGCAAGUUACUGGAGGUCUGGAGUCUCCAUAGUAGUCUUGCUGGACACACACAUAUGACAGGCAAGUUAGUGGAGGUCUGGAUGUCUCCAUAGUAGUCUUGCUGGACACACACAUAUGGCAGGCAAGUUAGUGGAGGUCUGGAUGUCUCCAUAGUAGUCUUGCUGGACACACAUCGGUGCCAGGCAGGUUAUUGAAAGCCUGGAUGUCUCCAUAGUAGUCUUGCUGGACACACAAAGGAUAAAAAUAAUUCUUACAAAAUGAUUAUAUGUAAAAAUAGACUUUCAAAAAUAUGAUGUUAACAUUUUCUCUGCAAUUCAUGUCAUAUGGGUCUUACCUGUCAGCAAAUGAGCAGUUGAAAAUGUACAUGAAAAUGAUAUGAGACAUAUACAAAAACUAUAUUAUUCACUAUUUCAUGUGCUAGUAGAUCUGUUUAUAUUUAAGCAGUUAGGACUUGAGUGUAUUGAGACAGCAAGUGUUUUGACAAUGUGCAUCUGACAGGGGUGCCUGCCAGCUCUCUUAUGUCAAAUGGCUGAUAUUCAACUGAAACAGUUGGGUUAUUGUUAGUUGUUGUUAUGUUGAAGAAUAAAAUUUGGGUAUUUC